CGAGGCCAGAGGCCACAUUGGUUUGAAGCAUGGCGGGGGUAGAGGAUAAAAAACCGGUGCUAGAAAUGGUGCAGGCGGACGGCGCAGACGAGGGCUGUGUGACUUUCGUGCUGCAUGAGGAGGAUCACACCCUGGGGAAUGCCCUGAGAUAUGUGGUCAUGAAGAACUCUGAUGUGGAAUUCUGUGGCUACAGCAUCACGCACCCCUCCGAGAGCAAGAUCAACUUCCGGAUACAGACUCGAGGUGGAUUGCCAGCGGUGGAGCCGCUUCGGAAAGGCCUGAAUGACUUGACCGAGGUGUGCCAGCACGUCCUGAACACCUUUGAGGUCAGAGUGAAGGAGUUCAGGGAGCAGCAGGGAGAGGCCAUGGACUGAAGCAGAGGAUUCUGGGAAGAGAAUCUGUCAAAGAGUGCCCAGAAGAACAGUUUGGGAGUCAGAAGCUGGACAGUUAAGCCACAGCUGGACUGGCAUGGAGCUCAGACAUGCAUUACGCUCCCACAUUGGGUGAAAGUUUGAACUUUAAGAGGGUUCUAAAUGUCAAACACAAAACUGAGGUGAUUUAAUCAGUGUGCAAAGCAGUUCACUUUCAGUAGCACAUUUAAAGCCGUGUUCAUGUUUUCUCAUAAUUAUUUACUAGAUAGCUUUUUUUUUUACUUAAAAGUAGAAUUAAAAUACGAUGUAAAUAAAGCUGUCGGAGUGUCAUAAAUUAAUUUAUGAAGUAUCAGGUUGAACCUGUUUGUGCUGUGUUCGC